CUAAUCAAGGACUAUUUCAGACCAGGGACAUCAGGUAUGUGAACUCUCUGGUCGAUCAAGAACUGAUCAAUGAAUUUAGUACCAAAGAAAACCUGCAUUAUGUUGGUCCCUGAAAUAUAACCUGACAAUUAUGACCUUAUAACAUGACCAAUGUUAUAAACAGUACAUGGCUUUUGCAUUUGAAUAUUACAAGCAAAUUAUUGUUACAUAAGCAACUAGGCAUACUCAAAAGAGCAAAUACUGUACUCAACUCAAAGGUCAAACUUUAAUAUUUCAAACCAUGCAGAAUUAAUCCUUUACAAACAGAACAGUUCCCAACCCUGAGACCAGCGGGGUAAAGGCUUUUCUGGUCUAAGCCAUUUCUUAACCUCUGAUAAAAAUAGCAAGAGCCACCACAUUCUCUUCAUCCCCUCAGUCAUCUCUCUCUCUCUUCACCCUAUCACAAUAUCUCACCCCCACACCUUCUUAUCUCUCUCUCUCUCUCUCUCUCUCUCUCUCUCUCUCUCUCUCUCUCUCUCUCUCUCUCUCUCCCUACCUCAUUCUCUGCCUGUUCAUGUUAUUGUCGUGCUUGUCCUUGGCUGUGAAACGACAACAAGCCGAGCAGCCAACCAGAGAGCAGGAUUUAGACUGGAUCAUGGUGCACAGUGCUGCGGGGACAGAUAGCUGAUGUAAACAUGCCUGAAGUUCCACCUGCAGAGAGCUCGAGCGAACAGCAGCCAGAAAAUACGCAGAGGAAAAGAACGUUAGAGAACACAGACGAUUGCACCGCAAAAAAGAAACAACGCUGCUGGGGUAUUUUAACUAGCCAAGGGUCAUGGGCGGACCGGUCCCCUCUCCACGAGGCAGCGUGUCAGGGCCGUCUCCUGGCCCUCAGGACCCUACUCUCACAGGGUUACAACGCAAACAUCCCUACCAUAGACCAUGUGACGCCGUUGCAUGAGGCUUGUCUGUCAGACCACGCGUCAUGCGCCAAGGCGCUUAUUGCAGCUGGUGCCAAUGUAAAUGCCACCACCAUUGAUGGGGUGACGCCGCUGUUCAAUGCAUGCUCAGCGGGCAGUGCCACCUGUACAGAGGUACUGCUGGAAAACGGUGCCAAGCCCCAGUCAGAGAUGUGCCAGCCCUCGCCCAUACACGAAGCCUCCAGCAAAGGCAGAAGUGCUUGUCUGGAGGCACUGAUCACAUGGGGAGCAGACGUGGACUAUGAUAUUCCUCACCUAGGAACCCCCCUGUACAUCGCCUGCAUCUCCUCAGGACUCCAGUGCACACAGAAACUCCUCGAUGGAGGGGCCAAUGUGCAGAAGGGCAGGUUCCUGGAGAGCCCGCUCCAUGCAGCAGCUCAGAAGGACUGUCCUGAGAUUAUCAAUGUGUUGUUAGAGUUUGGAGCGAACAUUAACGCUAAAAACCUAGAGCUGAAGAGACCGGUGGAGUCAGCCCCACCUAACAGCUCAGCAGAGGAGACGUUACUGCUGUAUGAAGCAACACCUCAGCCACUAUAUCAGCUGUGUCGUCUCAGUGUCAGAGAUUAUAUGGGCCGAUCUCGACUACACCUCAUCCCUCAGCUACACCUCCCCAACCUUCUCAAACGCUUCCUCCAGUACAGAUAGAACACAUCAACGCCCCUCUCUCUCGCUCUCUCUCUCUCUCUCUCUCUGUCUGUUGCUCUCUCCCUUCUCUUUCUCUCUUUCUAAAUGAGAGCAUCGUCAUAAUAGAGGAUAUUCUUUAUCCCAUCCUCUCUUUUGUUUUCUCUCUGUUUCUCGCUCCAUCCAUUUCAUCAUCAAGUGAAUUCAUUAUUACUCAAUGAACCUCAUUUUUAAAAAAAUAUUUAAAAAAACAGAAUCUCAAAUGCACAGAAACCCUCCCAUUCACUGACAUCUGUUUUCACUGUUUCUCUGAGGCACCUACGUACAAGGUCAUGUAAAUAUGUAUAUUCUGUUACAUUGACCAAAACAUGAGUUUGAAUGUUCAAAAGAACUAAAUAUUAACAGUGUAUAAUACUGUGUUAUCAGUUCAAAUGACACCCCCACUGCAGUGAUCGUUGUGAUCCCAACUUGUCAGAAAGUUGCCUGUAAAGAAAUGUACUGGUGUAAAUCAUGUUUUUCUGCACAAAUACUAUCGAAGUCAAAUUGAUCACCUUGCAUGUCACUUUGGUUUUGUGUCCAAUAUUCCUGUCCACGCCAUACGUUUAACUGCCUAAUAUUCAUUGACCCAAAUAAUGAAAGGGGCCAUUGCAUGUUUAAUGUAAUGUAUAACAUAAUGUACUUUAAUGUACACAAUUCAUGUUCUGUCAUCUUGUUUGAAUGAGCUGCCUUUAUGCUAUCAAUGAUGCAAACAAGAUACCAUCAUGUACCUUAAUGUACGAUGUUAUCUUGUUUGCAUCAUUGGUAGCAUAUAUUUUUUAUUUAUUUAUUUUAUUUUACCUGGUAAGUUGAGUGAGAACACAUUCUCAUUUAUAGCAAUGACCUGGGGAAUAGUUAUAGGGGAGAGGAGGGGGGAUGAAUGAGCCAAUUGAAAGCUGGGGAUGAUUAGGUGACUGUGAUGGUAUGAGGGACAGAUUGGGAAUCUAGCCAGGACACCGGGGUUAACACCCCUACCCUUAUGAUAAGUGCCAUGGGAUCUUUAGUGACCACAGACCACACACAUUUAACGUCUUAUCCAAACGACAGAUAUAUGCAGCUCAUUCAUUACACAUUGAGAUGUGUACAUUAAAGAUUCAUUGACUCUGGAAAAAGUAAAAAAUAUUCAAAAUUGUACCCAUGAUACUCUGAUUGUGUCUGUCCUAUAUGAGGCUCUUAUGAUGUGAAUAAUAUUGUAUUUCAAUUAUUGUCUUAUAACAUUAGCCAACUAAUAUAUAUAUAUUAUAUAUAUAUAUAUUAACGUGACCUGUAUAUGUAUAACUCACUGAAAAAUGUAUAGUAUUUUGCCAAAAUUCAUUUCACAUACCUCUCACCCGUUUCACUCUAAUAAAUAAGAAUUUUAUUUCAUGAUG